AUGGAAUAUCUUCACGAAGCAUCUCUUCCAGCGAGUAAAUCAGAGUUGCAAGUAUUUUCAAUACCACCGACUCAAACGGCGAUUGAAAGCAGUUAUGAAGUUGAGUAUCGUCCUAGUGCAAGUCUUGAGUCAAACAACUUUUAUGAAAUCAAUGUUCCAGCAAGUGAAGAUUUUACAGACUUGGCAUCUACCAUGUUACAUAUUCAUCUUUCUGUUACUACUAAAAAGGGUGAAACUCUUACAACAGCCAAUAAAGUUAAAGCGGUUAAGGAUUUUGGCAAUGCAUUGUUUGAACAAAUUGAUUUAUCUAUUGGUUCGGUUAAUACUGUUCAAGCAAAUAAUACCUACCAUUAUCAAGCUUAUUUGGAAGACUUGUUCUUUAGGCACCCUAAUCAGGUUGAUUCAGGUUUUGAGGUGUCUGAGGAAUCCCUACGAGCUCCUUUUGAUCUUUAUUUUAGGUUACAUUCGCCACUGUGUGAACAGGACAAACUUUUAAUUAACGGGGUACCUCUAACAUUUAGAUUCACAAAAAGUCCGGAAGGAUUUCCUCUAAUCCGAGCUGAUGAUGAUACAUCAGAAUAUAAAAUUAAAUUUGAAAGAUUUGCUCUUCAUAUUAAAAGAGUAAAGUUAUUCCCGGAAGCUCAAAAAAGCAUCAUUUCCGGAUUGGAAAAAGGUCCAGCUAAAUAUUUCAUUACAAGAAAUGACGUCAAGUCUUUUUCUAUUCCAUCCGGGCAAUCAUCAGCUUCCUUUGAAAAUGUAUAUAAUGGCAUUUUACCAAGACGUGUAUUGAUUGGACUUGUUAAAGAUGUGGCCCAGGAUCAAAAUAUAAGUGUUGACCCAUUCGAAUUCAAGCAUUUCAAUACAAACUUUGUCGCCUUUACAGUUGAUGGGACAAUGAUCCCAUCAAUUCCAUAUACACCUAACUACAAGUCUAAAUAUUACAUGAGAGAAUUUAUCAACCUUUACCGGUUUUUCAAUCAAGAUGAGGGAGUUCCCCAAUUAAAUAUUAAAUAUACUGAAUAUCCGGAUAAAAACGCUUUGUAUGCAUUUGAUCUUUCUCCCGAUGGAUCAAUUGGCGCUGAAAACGGUACCUUGUCCCUUAUAAAAAGAGGCAAUAUAAGACUUGAUUUAAAGUUUUCUGAGAAACUGGAAUCAUCAGUUAAAGUGAUUGUUUUUGGUCAGUUUGAUAAUCUCAUUACAAUUGACAAAGAAAGAAACAUUGCCUUGGACUAUUAG